AUGGGAAAAACUAAAAGAUUGUCUGCGGGAUGGGCUGAUGGAAGUAAGAUACUAGUUACUACACGUAAAAAUCAUGUAGCAGAUAUCGUCAAAGGAAACAUCCCGUCGCACCAUUUGGAACCUUUAUCAGUAGAUCAGUGUUGGUCAAUCAUUGAGCAAAGAGCAUUUUCUCCUUGUGGAGCACAGAGAACUACGGGGAUGGUGAAGAUUGGAAAGGAAAUAGCGACAAAAUGUUGUGGUUUACCACUGGCUGUGGAAAUAUUAGGAAAUAUGAUGCGCAUGAAAAAGAGAGAUGAUGAGUGGAAUUUAGUCAGGGACAUGGAAAUUAUGGAAAAUGAGGAUUUCUAUAACAAAAUAGGACCAAUAAUAAAGCUGAGUUACAAUCAUCUGUCAUCAAAUUUGAAACAAUGCUUUUCUUACUGUUCACUGUUUCCCAGGGGUUGGGAGAUUGAUAGAGAAGCCUUAAUCCAGCUAUGGAUGGCAGAAGGCUUUCUUGUUGCAACUGGGAAUGCUGGUAGUAAAACCAUGGAAGAUAUUGGAGACAAAUAUUUUAACGAUUUGCUGUCUCAUUCGUUAUUCCAAAAUGUAGAAAAGGAUGAGUUUGCUGAUAUUAGUAAGUGCAGGAUGCAUGAUCUCGUAUAUUAUCUUUCCUGUAGUGUUGUUAGCAAUAAAGAAUACUCUGUAUUGAGACCCGAUGAGGAAGCCGGUAUUUCUGCAGCACGGCGUCUGCGUUUAAAGUUUGAAGAAGGUGAAGAAAAAGAGUUUCCAUCAGCUGGGAGUAAUGCAAGUAAAUUACGAACAUUUGUUGCCUUGGAAAUGGGUGAUUGUAAGAAUAUCCAGAGCUUGUUUGAUAAUAGGAAUCUGCGUGUGUUAUAUUUGAGUGGUUCAUCGAUUCAAAGGUUACCUGCUUCCAUUUCAAAGUUGAGUCAUCUAAGAUAUCUGAACCUCUCGAGAUGUCAGAAACUUGAUGUAUUACAUGAUGGAUCGAUCAAUCGUCUCUAUAAGCUGCAGACGUUGGUAUUACACGACUGCAUUUCUCUUUCUGAACUUCCUGAAGACUUUGGAUUGCUGAAAUAA